AUGUUCUACCAACCAGGCGUCACCGAGCACAACCUACCCCAUGACCCAUUCAAGCCGCAGGCAUGCGUGGUCCCUCGACCGAUCGGAUGGAUCUCCACGCAGAACAAACAAGGCCAAGCCAAUCUCGCGCCCUACUCCCAGUUCAAUAAUCUGACCUUUGACCCGCCGUACGUGAUGUUCUCAUCGAACCAGACGGUCAAUGGCACGCGGAAAGACACUGUCAUCAAUGCGGAACAAACCGGCAAGUUCGUCUGGAAUCUGGCAACCUGGGACCUGCGCGAGGCCGUCAAUAUCUCCGCCGAGCAAGUGCCGUACGGAGUGGAUGAGUUCGAGCGGGCCAAGGUGACCAAGGAGCCCGCCUCGCUGAUGGAUGUCCCGAUGGUGCAAGAGUCGCCGGUCAAGUUCGAGUGCGAGUAUCACUCCACCGUUCGGCUACCUGGAAAUCCGCCCAUGGGCACAGUAGAUGUGGUGAUCGGCCGAGUGAUCGCCGUGCAUAUCAAGGACGAGGUUUUGACGGAUGGCAUUUUGGAUAUUCAAAAGACGAAGCCCAUUGCGCGCUGUGGGUAUUAUCAGUACACCGUGGUCGAGAAGACAUUUGACAUGGUCAUUCCCGGCAUGUCGGAGGAUGUACUGUAUGGGUUAGAGGGGAAUGCGAGGCGUAAUAGGGAGGCCCAAUCGCGGAAUAAUCUCGAAUAA